GGCUUACAUUGCUGCCAAUCACUCUCCCCACGGUCUGUCUAUGCAGAUCAGCGAAUAGGUGCGGAACAGGGAGCAGAGGAAGAGCAUAGCGGGCAUUCAUAGGUAGAGGGGGUGGACGAGAGUUGCCCUUCAUCACUUCAGCACAUUUUCACACUGUUGAGGGCCGUGGUGUGGUAUUUUAACAACUGGACUGGGAGUUACUCUGAACAGCUGUAACAAUGGCGCAGCCUGACAGCAAGAAGAUCUUCUUUGAGAACCUGUCGGGAGCAGGAAAGGCUAUCGCGGUGCUGACGAGCGGAGGAGAUGCUCAAGGUAAACAGUGACAGUUUGUUAUCAGUGUGUGAGAGAGGCCCAUAGAGGGCGAAAAUACCCCCUCCAGCUGCCGGAUGGUGCUCAGUCACUGACGGAAUGGCAGAUUUUUUAAGUACAAACUAUCAGUAACUGUUUUCUGUAUCUACAGAACAGCGAGGCAAUCAUAAUACGUACAGGAAGCCCGCCGGCUAGCAUACUAGCCUGAUGCUAACUAGCUAGCGGCAGCAUCCUUUACCGCAUUGACCCAAAGCGAACUGACGUGCGAAAUUAUUCGUUCCAUUCAUUCUGUGUCGCUUACGGUUGAUUCGCUGCUAAGGGGACGCCACACGAACUAAGCGGCACUGGCGGUUCUUAACCGCUUUCCUGUUUUAUCGUGUCACGCUCAUUCAUUUUGAGAAACGCCGGUAGAUUGUUGAGGGAAAAACCUUCGUAUUGAGCCCAUUGAAAUAAAAAACUCGUUGAUUCAUGCAGAGUGACCGGUGAGAGUGGGCGGACACGAGUUGAAUCGAACUGGCGAGCGGGUCCUCGGCGUCAGUGUCACCGAUGUGAUGGCAUUUAUGUGCAUUUACACAGCUAUUCGAAGGCAUAUUAAGGCCGGUCUAUGUACCUGAAUACCAUUGCUACUUGAAACAACUAACGACGUAUUGCGGAGCUAAACCUCACUUUCAGUAUCUUGGAUGUAAAGAGUGGCGCAACUGCAUUGCGGUGUCGACGUGCAGGCUGCUGAUAGUGACGAGCAGGGGGGGAAACUGCGACACAGCAUCUUUACAUGUCCAGUAAUAUAAGAGGUUAGGUUGUGGUUAGCAGUCACAGUGAGCGGGAGCCGAUGGUUGGAUGCCUGUAUCCUGUGUACGUGAUGAACUGCAUACAUCCCCACUCCGUCUCUCCCCGGCGGUCAUGCGUCACAGAGGAAACUGGUCAUGUGAUCGUCGCUCCUCUCUCGAUUUGACUGACUCGCCAACGUUCAAUACACACCCACUAGUACCAUGUAAAAUACAUCCUUAAAUCAUCACCGAAUGCAUUAAAUUCUGCUAAAAUACCUUGAUUUUAAAAAGAACUGCUGCAACUUGGGUUUCCAGUGAAAGCACAGACGUACUUUACUUCGAGAUUUUAGCUAAAAAAAUGUCAAAUGCGGCAGCCAGUAAUGGUGCUAAUGCCAUUACUGAAACACAAUUUGCGAGAAUAAUAUUUACAAAGAUAGAACUGAAAGAGUGACAAAACAAGGAAAUCUGAAUUAAAUAGUCAUGGAAAUAGUAAAAAAAGUAGAAAAAAAAUAAAUGAAAUAAAAGUGACUUAUUUUGUAGUAGUUCAUUCUUGGAAGACAAAAAGAAUAUAGUCAUUUUCGUAAAUAAUGAUAAAAUCCAUUGCAGCACUUUUUUUUAAAUCUGUAAAACCACCCCAAUAAAGAUGUUCCACAUACAGUCUACAAUAAUAAAUUGCAUGCAUUAUUAAGCAGAUGAUCCGGUAGUAAAGCAUAUGCAGUAUUUUGCACAGAAUGAUACAGCACCUUUGGAGGGUGAUGAGUCAUGGUGUAGAAUGGGGGAGAUAGGGUUAUGGAAAAAAUAACAUCAUGCAUUUUCCAUUGUAUGUCAUACUGUAUAAUCAUACUGUUAUUCCAUUUUUGUCUCUUUAUUCAGCUUGCCCUCUUAUUGUUUUUUUUUCUUUUUCUGGGUGUCUGAUUAUUUUUAUUCAUCAGUAUUCGGUAGCAUGCUGUAAAGAGACACUCAAGUGACAAAACCCACAUUUUGAAAUCCUUCCCUCGACAUUACAUUAUCAAAGCAGGUAAUCUGCAUACAUGUGACCUCUUUAAGAUGAAGCAUUUCAAAACAGGCUAAUAUAGUAUAUAUUUGUUUGUCAGCUACAGUAUUAAAAAAAAUACCUGGAUGUCCUCAUACACCAGUCAGAUGUAGCCACUAUGGCCAAAAUAUUUCUAUAAGUAUGAUUCGAUGAAAGGAAUAGAUGGUACAAUCCCCGGGACUAUGCAUGGCAGGGGCGUCCUCCUCCCUGAGCCAGGCUUGCACCUGACCGCAUACCUGAGUGGAAGAGGAGUUGAUGCUUUACAGCCAUACUUAGCCCCAGUCAUGGCCUGUCUGUGAGCUUGUCCCCUGAUUCCGACCUCCCUAAGGAGCUUCGCUGUCGAGCUGGCCACAAAACCCCUACAACCCACCUCCACCGGGCGCACCCGGUGGAGGUGGUCACUUAAAAUUGACCAUCAGUUUUAUAUCUUGAUGUCAAUCGCUCUAUUGUUAAGACUAGGGUUGGGUAUCGAGAAUCGAGUAUCGAUGGGGACCGGGACUAACAUUUCGAUUCUUCCGGUAUCGUUCAAAUAUUAAAAUUUCGAUUCCAAGUUUCGAUGCCGGAGUCUGCUGACCGGAAGAAAUAGCCGCCGAAAAUCAACAACGAAGAAGCCGAUUAACACCAACGAGGACGGAGCGUAUGAGACAAAGCCACACAGAAAGUGAAGAGAGACAGAGAGAGAAAGUACAUUGCAACCCACAGCAAUGCAGCCGCUGUGGGUUACAAUGCGCUCUCUCUCUCUCUCUGUCUCUCUCCUCUCUCUGUGUGUGGCUUCGUCUCAUACGCUCCGUCCUCGUUGGUGCUCGGCAGCUUCUUCUUCGUUGGUCAAAAGUUUGGCUAUCUUUAGCAGGAAGAAUGAACUCUUAUCUCAAUGCAACAUUAGCAAUACAAUUAUAUCAUGCAAAGGAGGGUAAAUGACCAACAUGAUUUAACACCUCAGGAUUCAUGGAGGAGAAAUAUCGGAGUGCUCGUCUUUGACGCGCUUCGCCGGUGUUGUGCCAUAGAAUGCACCCCUGCCGUAGAAUGCACCCCUGACGGGAGCGCGGUUGGAAGUACACAACAAGGCGAAAUAAUCCAAGUUUUUCUUACCGUUGAACGGAAUCUAAAGCGUGUGCCUUUAAUGACUUCAUUCAGGCUAUUCAGAUAUGCCGAAAACAACAGCCCUCUGAUUCGGAAUAUUUACAGUCCCGAAAAUAUAAUGUUCUCUACCUUAACAGCUUACUGUACAGUUUAUAUACCCAAAUACACCUCUAUGUGUGCAUUUUUGAGACACAUAAAAACAAAACGAAAGUUUACUGCUCCAUUUGACAUGUUGUCAUGGUCUAAUACUCGUGUUUUUUUAAAAUAUGAGAUCAUUGUCUUCCACUUUAAGAAGCUAAUGAGUGGAGGGGAGGCAUUCUACAGCAGGGGUGCAUUCUACAGCACAACACCUGUCUUCCGCUAACCAGUCAGGAUCAGAUAAGUGAAACAAUAAAUUACUUCGUUCCUCUGCUAACUUUGAAGCGGUAAACAAAUUGCACUGUGUACGGUGGGUCAACUUAAAUAUCCAACUAACGUUAGCCCUUGUACGUUUUCAUAGACAAACGACCUGACAACAAAAAUUGAUAUUUAUAUGGUUGAGAAUAAGUUAAUAUGAUUUAAAAAUUCAUGGAGAAGUUCAGAAAUUUCAUCCAAAAAGAAGAGCUCCGGUUAGCACCCUCAUUCAAACCAUGCUUUUUUUUUUUGAUAUCCUGCCUUUUAAAAGAAUCGAUAGGAAUCAGAAUCGAAAUGAGGAAUCGAAAUCGGAAUCGUUCAAAAUCAAACAAUACCCAACCCUAGUUAAGACUAUUAAUAAGUAAGAGGUUCAAAGUACAAGGUGCAGUCUACAUCUCAAAUGCAUCCUGCAUGCAAAGGUUUGUCUUGAACAAGGCUAGCUAAAAUGUUAGCUGAAGUUAAAAAGACAGGUUUGCAACCUUAAAUGUGGAAUAUAAUAAGGCACAUUUAUUACUUAUAAAAGGGACAGAGGUUCAGUUCUUUUCAAAAACAGUGUAUGUGGCUCAGCGUGUGCAAGGCGAAGAGCUUAAAAACAUUAAAGUUUACAAUUAUCUUAGCUUUCCCAUAUGUGACAUGUCGAAAGGUCUAAGAAGUGUUAUCUGCUGAAGGUCAACUCAGAGAAAUGUUAAUAUGCAUUCUCUACUUUCUGCUCCAUCAACAUUCAGCAGAGAUUCAGUGCUCUGCAUAGUCAUGUUACUGCGAGUGCAGUUCUGUACAUUAUGGCUCUAUGACACAAGAGAAAUUAAUCAAUCAUUGACAUAUGAAUUGUUGGCACACUCAUGACCACACUUGUACAAGGGAAAAAGGACAUGUAAAGUUGGCCCCAGAGCAAACCAAUGAGGCUGCUGCAUGCAUGACGGGAGCUGAAUGUCUAUGUCAGAGGGCAUUGUGCAGACUUGGCUCGGUCUUUUUUCUACACUAGCACCAGAGUGUUAGUCCUGCAGGAAGAGAGGGGACAAUUUUUUUGUCUUUCAGCAGAAAAGUAGAGAAGAAACCUAGAGGAUACGCUUCUUGGAUAUUCUGUAAACAAAUUCUUUGAGACUGUGGCUCUUUUCUCUGUCUCUAAACCCCUUUUGUCAUCCUAGAUGGUAUUAAAAACCAGGCUGUUUAUUUGAACGUAUUAUGUAACAAUAUUUGUUAUGUAUGGUGAAUGAUUGGUUGGAUUUCAGAGCUUAAGUUCCUCUUUUACUUUUUGCUGCCUGUCUUUUCACUUUCACUGCUGUCUUCUCAGCUGUGCCAGUAGCCUCGAAUGUGUCUUUCUUGCUAACAGCACAGCUUGACUGCCAUUAGAACUGCAGCAGUUUGUGUAGAAACCAGGAACUCACAGCUUUCUCUUGUUUGUAUCUCCUCCAGAAAGCCAAGUUUCUGUCUGCCCUUUUUGUGUAAAGCAUUUCCCUUUAUCCCCACUGUCAGGGCUUAAACUAACCUGCCAUUUGCAUUCAAGUCACAGAGCAGUGCAUUAUUGGUUAGUGAAUUCACUUGGACUAACCGCAAAGUAACUGGGAGGCAGCUGGGGAAGCUAGGAGAGCUUUUGACUAAAAAAGGCAGUGUUCUGGCCUGAGCUCUGCUGAGCCCCAGACAGUCUACAUAAACACUGAUAGGCUGCACUUACACACAGACACACACAAUCAAGACCCAUAGAUACCGAGAGAGAGCGGGAAUUAGAGUUUUACAAGGGGUAGAGAUUAAAUGAAUUUCGGAACAAAUGAGACUUUGACAAUGAUUUGCUCCAGUUUUACAGUGUUUUUCCUCUUUAAAACACAACUCAGGGUUGCAGUGCUACAUAAAGUGUUUUUUUCUAUAAUACUUUAUUUUGUUUUCUUUUUACAGGAAUGAAUGCUGCUGUACGUGCCGUAGUUCGAAUGGGUUUAUAUGUGGGAGCAAAAGUUUAUUUCAUUCAUGAGGUGAGCCCACACUUUCUGGAUCAUUUACAACAGUUUGAGAUUUUUCAUUGCCAGUCUCUUGUAAAAUCACAGCACAUGAGUAAUAAGUGGAGUCGUAUUUCAUAUUUCAGUAGCAAGUGGUUAAAUGUACAAUGUGCAUGUAUAGUACUGCAGCCUUGUGACUUUACAAUUAGUAGCGUACAAACCAUUGAAAGGCAUGUACCACACCUUUCCGUAGUGCUCAGUGAUUUGGCCCUUUAGCAUCGUCUUUUUCUUGAUUUAAUGUGAUUGUUGCAACCACAUCAAGGUUCUACUUAAUCAAAACCAUACCUUUCCAAACACAAACAUCAAGUCCGCAUGAUAAAUCACAACUUUAUUGAAAAUGCAUAUUUAGCAUUUCCAAUUACCACAACUCAGUGUUCUCAAAUUAUUGCAGCAAACUAGGAGAUUGACAAUUAUCAACAAUCACUGUUUCCUUGGUCAGCUUUGUUUAAGGUACAUUGUACCUGUUACAUAAGAGUUUGGGUGUUAUGGCUAUGAUUAUACUCAUUUGAUAUGGUCAGAUGAAGCUUUAGUCAGCUGUCAGCUAACCUCGAUGUAGUAAUGAUAAUUAAUAAUAAUGAUAAUCUGAGUUAUUUUAGUCAAUAUGCACUUUUUGAUCUUGACAUGGUUUGAUUUAUGUAUUUUUUCAUAUCACAAAAACAUGCAGAGAGAAAACACAUUGCAUUGUCAGUUUUCCCUCAAUAUUUUGCAGCCUUCAUUUGUGUGCAAAGUUUCUGAAGUGGAAAUUAAAGCCUGACCUGUCUCAACCCUAUGUUCUGACAUUGUUUAGCAUUUUGACGAUAAAAUUAAGAUAUUCCAAAUGAAAUUUUACUUUUAGUUCACAGUAAGUGGCAAGUACAAGAAAAGCAGAUGCUAAACCCAAAUUACGGUAACAGAACUCCUAGAAACGGAUUUAUUCUGAUGGAACAGUCACACUUUCAAUAAAAUAGUCAAAUAUCUACACACAAAAAAUCUUGACAUGAUGCAUGAUCAACGACUCCACCAGAAUGUGCCAAAUUAAGUGUUGAGCUAUGUAGUGUGAUGGUUAUUUUUGCUUUAGUAGCAACAGUAGUUUUGUAGAUGGUAACACAGAUAGCAGAAGGAAUAGAAGGAUUCUUUGCCCUUGAAGCCAGAGUGUGUUUUAAGUAGAUAAACUGAAAUACAGAACAAAGGUUUCAGGGAGAUUCUUUUGCAGUCAGAUGUUAGAGGCACAGCUGCAGUUUUCCUUCAUCUUCACACCAAUAAAAAAAGUACAUCUUAACCUUUGUAUUCUGGGAUAUGUAUUUCAAACAGCAGAUGUUGUUAGGUAGCAGCCGUAAUCUGCAUGCUUUUUCUGUGAUCUGUACACGUCUGUUUGCAUGUCAUGGACCCCUGAUGCAGCAAACGUUACAUAACUGACUUAAGGCCUCAGCAGAUGUCUCGUAUGAAACACUCCUCCCACUCAGGUGCUGAGAGUGUUCUCCUGCACACUUUGGCAUGACCUGAUCAGGAUGGGCACACCAAGCAGACAUAUUGAACACUAGAGUUUGACUAAUUCACAUUUGUGCUGUCCUGUGGAGAAGCACUAGGUUGAAAUAUCGAUUCAUAUCACUCUAGCUAUAAGCUUGCAUAUGUAUUUGGUUUUCUCUUGUGUUUGCUGACAGAGAUGCACCUUUUUUCCAACAGGGAUAUCAGGGUAUGGUGGAUGGUGGGGAGAACAUAAGGGACGCAACAUGGGAAAGUGUCUCCAGCAUGCUACAAGUGGUGAGUAGUUGUGAUGAACUCUACACAUUCAUGCAAUUACUUACGGAUCAAAAAUUGCUCUUGCAAACAGAAAAAACAAAAACCUUUCAGAGCGCUUAAACAUUUCAUGUUGUAGUACUUCAAAUGAGAAAAAAAAAACCCAGGAAAUUACAAAACUAGUGGUAGUGCGCAGUGCAGAUGGCUACAAAGAGGAACACUCACUAAACACGGCGUUUCUGUGGUUUGAGAGGUCAGGCCCUAACACCCUGUGGUCGUGUGUUGAUUGGCUGUGUUUACUCAGUUUCCUGAAGUGAGAGAUUGAACAGCAUAAAAGAAAAGAAAAAAGAUUCCUUUUUAUUUAGCUGAAGCACUCUUCACCAUAAUGGAGGAGCUUGCAUCCCUUAAAUUUAUCUUUGGAGGCUUCUGUGAGAGAAAAAAGUCGAUUCAGAUGACUAGUUCACCUUUUGGGGACUUGAUGUGGUCCAUAAACACUGCACCUUCAAACAAAUCAUUAUUUAUGAUUAAAAGUUGGUUUAACAGCUCAUACAGAUGCACAGUCAGUCAGAAGUAGUUGCAGUGUUUCAUACUGAUGCUUUAGUACAAAGGAUCUCUCAUUUGGCUGAUUAAGCUCCUUUGUCUUUCACAGAAGUAAGACAAAAGUAAUGAGACAUGUUAACCUUUAAAGAGCAGCCCCCUUAGGCUAAGGAAAUGCUGGCACCUGUCUCCUCCAGGGUGGGACUGUUAUCGGCAGUGCUCGCUGUAAAGAGUUUCGUACCCACGAGGGACGCCUGAAGGCAGCUCACAACCUGGUGCAGCGUGGUAUCACCAACCUGUGUGUGAUCGGUGGAGACGGCAGUCUGACAGGAGCAAAUCUGUUCAGGGAGGAGUGGAGCGGGCUGCUGGGGGAGCUGGUGGAUCAAGGUACUUUUCCUAAUGGUUCCUCCUGAUGCAGAAGCCCGGUAGAAGAUGCUGGUGAUGCUGUUAGUCCAAAGUUGUUUCCACACUGAUUUGCUUUCAGCAUUGUUUGAUAUUUCUGUUCAAAUGUUAGACAUUCACACAUCCAGCAUACUUUGUUUUUUCCACAACAUUAUUUUGGCUGUUAGUCACAGAGUUUUUAAAUGAAACUCUUUGCGUAUUCACAGAUUUCCAAACCGACAACAGGCUCUGUUGUGUCAUCCUGAAAAGCCGUUGACGCUGUUGUCAAAAUAGUGAUAGUAAUGCAUCUGAAAUGUGAUAAAAAACCAGAGUGGAGGGUUUGCCUCCAUUUAAACUUUCUGGUCCUUUCAGGUCUGAUUGAAGCUGAUGCUGUUCAGAAGUAUUCAGCUCUCCACAUAGUGGGAAUGGUCGGCUCCAUUGAUAACGACUUCUGUGGAACUGACAUGACAAUCGGCACUGACUCGGCUCUGCACAGAAUCAUCGAGGUGGUGGAUGCAAUCAUGACAACUGCACAGAGGUAAGAGGAUUGAUGAAUUGAAUAAACUGAAAGAAGGGGAAAAUUUCAACUCAAAGUAAUAGCUAAAUUGUUCUGAAAUUUUGUGAACUAAAUCUAGAGUCAAACUGGAUGAAGGGCAAAAAUGACUCAAGUGUGACUAAUAAUGAAACUAAGACCAUGAGACUAAGACCAAGGGCUCUAUUUUCGUGCGCGCCGGUGAGGCGGCGGAGGGCGGCGAGUAGGCCUGUCACGAUAACAAAUUUUGCUGGACGAUAAUUGUGCUACAAAUUAUCGCCGAUAAACGAUAUUAUUGACACCAUUUUUUAAAUUAUAGAUAAUGAUAUUAUAUGGCAUAAUAAUGCGAGUACACCAUGUCAAAAGUGAUAAACUUUAAUUUCCACACGAGAACAACACUGGUUGUUUUCGUUGACUUAAAUAUUUCCCUUUUCUCCCACGACGAAGACGUAACGUUGACGAGCUAAACAUAAGUCGGAGAUGACUAAAAUGUGACGAGACGAAAGUGCGUUUACGUUGAUGGGACGAGACGAAAAUGACGAACAGAGUUGCAAAACUCAGUCAGUUAAAUGCUAAACAUAUAGGAGCAGCUUCAGUCUGCUCUGACAGCUCUCAUCAGCCUGCUGUGCUCCUCCAACACACAGACACACACGCACGCGCACACACACACACGUGGAGUUUUGUGGUUGACGAAAACAAAACUGGUUUAAAGCCGAAAUAUUCCCACACUUGGGCUGUUGCGUUCGGUUUAGACACCAAAGCUGUCGUGUUCAUUCUGUUAGCUUGCUUUUCACUCACGACGCUCACUUGCAGCACUGUAUCCAAAAAGUCUGUGUCUGUGUGCCUGUGCGCGCCAGCCCCCUCGUGACAAAGACACUGAAUGACCGACAGGAGGGUUCACUAACUCCAUUCAUUCCGCUAUAGAGCCAACGCCCCCAGGUGCCGAGAACAAUGCGCAGAGUGAGACCUCUUCUCUCAUCCAGCGUGUUUGGUAGCGAGAGAGGAGGAAAACAAACGCACGUCAAUUAUCGAGGCUGGCAAAGUUAUCGACCUCGUUUUUAUUUAUCGAGCGAUAAGGCGAUUUAUUGAUUAUCGCGACAGGCCUAGCGGCGAGCCCCGCGCAGUUGUAUUUUCGUCUGGCGGAGCCCAGCGUAAGGCCAAUUUGGUAUUUUCGUGGCAUGAGCCGCACGGAGGCGAGCCGAGAUCCGCCAAGCUGGGCGUGGUGGCGUGGCAGGGGGAGGUGUCGACAGAAUCAGCAGGCGCAGUGACAUUUUCGUGCUCGCCAACGGCGUGUAAAGUGCGCUGAAAGCUCGCCGAUUCAAACCUAGUCAGCUUUCAGCGCAAGGCGGAACGCAGCUGGUCUAGUAGUAUUUUGGUAGACCGGCGGCGUAUCGACAUACGUCACUGAUGCCUCACCGGUAGGUUUCCACAGUGUCAGGCAGAUUUCAGUGCAAUAAAUAAUCAUCAUCAACUAUUAAUCUGAGUCAGCACAUAUAUUUAGAUCUAUAUCGAUAUAUUCUGAUCUAUAUCUGAUCUGAUGAGCGCGUUUGGCACGCGUUUGGACACACAACCUGACCGAAUCAACACAGCUGAAACUGCAUCAAAUUAAAUUAAAUAUCUAGUAAAUAAACACACAUGAUGAAGUUAACAAGAUAUGUAAUUCUUCUCCCUCCUUUUCUUUCUUCCUCUUCCUCUUAUUUCUCGCACAGCUCGACCUGGACACGUCUCCGUGUCCUCUGUCCGUCUUGCUGCUGCUGCAGCUGAACAGAUGAUUUGUUUCAGUGCUCAGAUGCGUUAUCUACUUUAAGCCGACAUACGGAUAUUAUAAUAUUCAGUUUUGUGAGCCAAAUUUAUUUUAUAUGCCAACAUCUAUGAAAGACAGAGCCAGGCCACGGAGCGCGAUGCGUCAUUUACGCACAGAUGGUUCCGAUUUUAAUGCCAUUUUUGGAGUUUAUGUUGUGAUCUGUGCGCUAAACCCACCUUUGUCACGUGAGGUUUGAAUAUGAGCAACUUUAUGUGAGUGUCUUUAUUUGUGGAAAAGGGUGUUUGUCUUACCAGUGGGUCCAACAUUACGCACACUAAAUCCAUCUGUGCUCAUAUGAGAGAGUGUGGAGGACACUUGUUGAGGAGCUGCCCUCUGUCGCCAUCUUGUGGCAUUACUGUCUUAAGACAUCUCUUGAUCUCUUUGACUACUUCAUGAAAAUAGUAAUACGCCUCGCCUGUGGCGGAUUUAAAGGCAAGGAGAGGAGCCUAUGUGAUUAGUGAAAACAGGUCUCGGCUGUGUUAAACCCAUUACACGCCCUUUCUCCUCCCCGUCUACGACUUAUGGUGCUGGGAGGAGCUGAGUUAGGGAGGGGGGAUACUUACGCCGGGCUGCGCGGCUCACCAAAAUACCAAAAUGUGCUUGGGAACGCCUUGUCAGCGCGGCGGAUCUGACUGAUGCUGCGCUUGCAGCACGUCUCCGGCGAGGCACCAAAAUAGAGCCCCAAGACUUAAUCUAGAGCUCCCAAAAUGGGGCCGGCUACUUCCUGGCAUAGGAAAAGUAAUAAUUCUGUAUUUUUCCACAUUCAGAGGACAGUUUGGUUUAGCACUCAAAGCAUAUCAACUAGCUCAGGCAAAUCAAUUCAUUCAUCAUCCUUUGAAUGUCUAUUCUUAAAUACAUCAGUCCAACAAUAUUAUCCAGACAUAAAGAUCUAAAAAUGUUUGUUUUUAAAUGUGUGGACUGUCUUAAGGUGAGGUGGGACAUUCAGUCAGGGGCAGGUAGUAUGACCCCUCUGAAAAGUUUCCACUGGCCUGCUAAAUCAGUUAUCAGGCAGCAGUCAGCACUUAUAAAGGCAGGGGUGUUGUAGAUUUUGCAGACUUCACACAUUUUUAGGAAGUGUUUGCUCCAUCCUUAAACAAAAGAAAGAGAGAUCAUCAUAAUAUCCCUAGUCUGCUAUCUGACGGUGGGUGGGGAUGUGGAUUUGACAUAUUUAUUUAAAUUCUUUAUAGUUUUUGAAUCAGGACGAUAAAGAUGUGAGCUGAUAUGCAUUGUAUAACCAUUUAUUCAGACAUUGAAACUCAGCUAUAGUCUUGACUGUAGCCCAGUUCAUCAGUUUUGUUUGCUGCUGUAGUCUUUUUUUUUUAAGCUUUAAGAGGUUCUCAGAAGUUUAACUUAAAAAAAAGUGCAGAUACACUGUUUGAAUGCACUGCUGAUUUGUAUGUUCUCUUCUAAUCUUUCAGUCACCAGAGAACAUUUGUUUUGGAGGUCAUGGGCAGACACUGUGGGUAAGACUGCUUUUGAUAAACUUUGAUAAAGCGAUCUCCAAUUCUUCAGGCAGAGACUUCUAUCAGCUCUGUUUACACAAAUAGAAUCACAAGGUCUGUGUGCUUUAUCUUAGCUACCUGGCCUUGGUGAGCGCCCUGGCUUGUGGCGCAGACUGGGUGCUGAUCCCUGAGAUGCCCCCUGAGGAUGGCUGGGAGGACAAGAUGUGUCAGAAAUUGUCUGCGGUAACAUGAUCUCAUUUGUUCCCCACAGUAAAUCCUGUAAACUUUGGUUUACUAGAAUAAGUCUUAGUAUAAUACCUGCUGUGUGUCCUCUUAACUCUGACAAUAAUUUUAUGAUUCUGUAAAAGUUUUCUCUUUUUUAGAAAGUCUGAAUCUGGACUAGUUUAUCCAACAGAAAUGAUAAGGACGGUGUUUAGCCUCAGUCAUCUGCUGUCUCAUUGCUCUCUUCCUGCAUUGGAAAUAUGCCAUUGUUUUAUGAUUCAGACCCGCUCCAGGGGCUCAAGGCUGAACAUAAUCAUAGUUGCAGAGGGAGCCAUUGACAGGCAUGGGAAGCCUAUAACUUCUAAUUAUUUGAAGGAUGUGAGUACCUGAGUGCGAAGAAAGGGGAAGCCAGAAGCAUGGAGACCUGACAAGGCCACAAAAAGUCCUUUGUAACAGUUUUGAUGCAGUUUUUCUGCCAAGAUUAUCAGCACAAAAAAGUUUCCUAAAGGUGAAUGCAGUAUUUCUUUAAACCUGGACUCUUGUGUUUGGAGCUUUUAAAGGUAUGGGAAUGAUUUUCGUAGAUUGUGUCAAUAAGAUAGAUAUACUUUAUUGAUCCCAAACUGGGAAAUUCUCUUGUUACAGCAGCAAAAAAUACCAAAUAAAAUUAAAUAUAAGAAGAAGUUUGUACAAUGCAGACUAAAAAUACUAAAUAUAUACAAUAAAUACAGGCUAAAUAUACUAAACAUCCUAAGUGAGAUAUGAAAAAUGUGGGCUAUGAAAUGAGUAAUAAAUAUGAAAUAAACUGUUAUGGCUGCUACAUUUAUACUUUUUAGCCCUUUUUACUGUAUAUUUAUUUACUGUAAAAACAGUUAAGCAAUGCAAGUCUACUACCAUCACAGCUUUUGAACUUUCCCACAUUUGAGUCUCACAACAGAAGCACAAAAGCUGAAGACAGUGGGGGCUUCGUAUUCACCUGCUUAGACAUGCACACACAGUUAGUUGAAUGGUGUUCAUUGUGUCUUUGGUUUCUUAGAAACAGUUUUCUUUUUUUCCUUUAUCUCAGACAUGUAAUCUUUUUCAUAUACCUUGACAUGUUUCGGCAGAAACUUCCGCCUCCCUCAGAAGUGUCACUUGGUGGUAGGUGUGACACAUCAUAUCAGCUAUGUACACACACAGUGCUAUUCCACCCUGUUUGCUUCGUGGGUUCACUGUUAUUUUGUCUCAUCCUUGUAACGCCACUUUAAAUGCUGUCACAGCAGCUGAAUAUCACAUGACUUUAUGAGGAAAAGGAUACAGGAGGUUUUUAGGCAAACCACAUCAAGGUGGGGUAGAAAACGUACUUAUCUUGUUCAAAGUACCAGAUUUGCUCAAGUUAGAUUAGUUGAAUUUGUUGUAUUUGCAUAAAUGGAAGAAAUGGGUACAAAAAAAAGCAGCUGAGCCUUACUGCUUUUUAAACUGAGGAAUCACCUGGAGAAAAGGACUCUCUAGUGUGGCUCCUAAUUCUUUCACCAUAAAUCUAAACAAAUACAUAGUGGAUUACAAGUUUGCUUUAUGCUAAAGAGGUCCAAGAUAUUCCCUCAUCAUAAAGGACUGUCACUAAAAGGAUCCCAGUAGUUCUGUUAUCAGACUUUGAAAUAUUAAUCUGAGCCUGAUUGAGGCAAAAAUGAGCGGUGUUGAUGGGUGCACUGUACUGACUUGUGUUGCAUUUGCCUCCAGGGGCUAUGUUGCAGCCAUUACAGCCUCUUUGACAGUUUCUAGUUGCAGUAAUCUGGUAGUUUGAUUCUAAAAUGUACUCCCAAAUAUGUAAAAGUAGAGUCCUGGUUUAGAAAUACUGAACUCACCAUGUUUUUUUCUUCUGGGGAUGGAGAUCUCUCAUCUUUUGGGUAAGGUAAUCAUGACAAUGUGUGCUUUUUCUGUAAUAUUACAGUGAAGUCAAGCAACAAGGUCAGCAGGAAAUUGCUUAUUACAAAGUGUAAACACCAUCUGCUUUUAUUAAAAACCAAUCUGUCUGCAGCUCUCAUGCUGCCGCCGUGGUCCGGCCCCCGUGCUUCUGUGAGCCCAUGUCACAGCCACGGUCUCAGUUUUUCUGUCAUGUUGUUUCUCCACCACCCCUCCUUGUAGAACCGAGCAGGAAUGAAAAGGCUGAAUAUCAUAAUUGUAGCCGAAGGGGCGAUUGAUCGUAACAACAAACUCAUAACCACUGACUAUGUGAAGAAUGUAAGUAUAGAAAGUUGACAUGUGCCAAGCUCCAGCUCUGACUGCCUCCUGUAUGACCUCUACUACUGUACUGCUGCCCUGGUGUGGCUUUGACUCUGUCUGACCGCUGUGUUUUCUGGAGUGCUCUGUCAGAAUCACUCUCUAGUUUGGUAAGAAUGCUGUCACUGUACUCCUCCUCCUGAGCAAACACUUUUACUAAACCUCACUCCCAGACAUUACAUGGUAACUGCCUCACACAGCUUUGCAUUUUGUUAUGUUUUGGUGCUUUAAUUUUCACAUGAAGACUACCUCAGACCCUGACCCUGCACUAACUGUUCUUGUGGCGAGGCCAGUAUGUGAAGACUUUUCAUUUCCUCCAAUGGUGCUUGAGUAUCUUUAUUUACUCCUCCAGCUUGGGAUUUCCUGUGAUGUUCAGUUGAAGUUCAGAAUCCUCCCUAACAUGACUGAAAACUUAGAAUGGCUUGCAUGUGCUCUGCUGUUUCCCUUUCUCUUCAAGCUUUUCUACUGUGGUGGUGUUUCAGUGUUUGAUGUGACUAUCCUUGUAUGAAAAAUAUAUGAAUGCAUGUUAGUUUUAUAGAAUAGUUCGUAGCAGACUUUAAGUUACAUUAACCUGUAUUCUACAUGCAUGAGAUGAAUGAUUGUUUGUGUGCAGGGAUGUAAGACAGAUAUUGUCCUACACUGUUUUUUCCUAUUUGACUGGUGCUAAGGGUGCAAUGGAUCACAAAUCUGAUGGUUUGAUUGCAUCACUGAUUUGUCUCAUGGAUCAGCCCAAAAUAUAGGGUGUGGAUUUUAUACUUUUCAACUAGCCAUGAAUUGAAAAUGGCCUUUAAUACUUAGUUUUCUACAGCUUUUUUAUAGCUACAAAAUCUGAAACAUAAGAUACACCAAUUUGCAAAAAGAGGAUAAAACAAUUAAUACUGUUACCCGAAAAUCUAUUUCCAACAUGUUUAGCAGAAUCCACAUUGUGUAGCUCUUCAGCUCUUCUAAGCACGAUCUAUUUUCACCAGUUUGCAAUCCAGCUAGUUACCUGCAUGGUGGCUUUGAUUGUUGUGUUGUAUGGAAACACAAUCUGCAACCAAUUUACAUAAACUCAUGCCACACCUGCCAUACCUUUGUGGCACAAGCAGACAUGCUAGAAGCAAAAGGAAAGAAUGAGGCAGUGUAUGACACAAGUUAGUCGAACACACAAUAUGAUGCUUCUGAAAGGUAAAGAUUGUGCAGAAGUUUCACAGCAGUUAUUAAAAGAACCAUCUUCCUUCACAUUUGCACAGUGCAUAUUUAGUGGGACAAAUAUUUUUGUUAAAAUGUUAUCUCGAGAUCAGAACUUUUUUCUUGCAAAAUAAAAACAAAAUAAAAAACAGAAAAACUCUGAGAUAACAGCAAAGCACAUAUUAGCCAACCUGCUCUGUUAUUAUCGGCAUCAGCCAUCAAAAAUCUGUUAUCAGUCAACCACUAAUGUCCAUGGCACCUCUGCACAUCACUAAGUGCUACUUUAUUUUCUCUCAGCCUCUACACUAGCACCUUUUUAUCAGGGAGUUUAUUUCAGAACCAUGAUGACAAAUUGUGCUGAUUUGUGACUGAUGUGAUUCAAACCCAUGGACUGUAUAUAGAAUGGACAGAGUCUGCCUCCUCGCUGGGUGAAGCCACUCCGAGAACAGCACCCUCUGUUGAUGGGCUGCGGUAUAGGUCAUAAAUCCCGCCUCCGCCAGCGAAGCUUAUGGGACUGUGGACAAACUGAAAUUUAUUACACAGAACAUAAUUUUUUCUCCCCCCUGCUUGUGAUGUUGACAUGUAGUUAUUGUAAGACUGGUUUGUGCUCAAGUCCUCUUUUUUCUGUGAAGCUCCGUUUUUAAAAGUUAUUAGGGGGUCCAUGUUUGCUAUGAUUGGCACCUGAUACAGCCUAUGGGCGUUCAGGGAUUGCGUAGCUCUCCCGGGGGAUAUGCUGUUUGAGCCGAGCGUCAUCACAGCGACUCUGCGACUGCGCGGCCGAAUGAGCGCAUUGCUACUGCAUAGCUCUGGUUUCAAGGAAAUGAAGAAAAAUCCCGGAAAUACCGAGAGCUAUUUGGCUUCAGAUACAGGCGGUAGGCGGAACCAAGUUGUCCAUAGUAUAUACAGUCUAUGUUCAAACCUCAGUGGGUGAUCUGUAGGGAUCAGCUGUCAUCAAUUGCACCACUAGCUGACAUUAUACAGUGAUCUGAUACCAAUGCGAUACUCCUUGGCUUACCCUCAUUGGGUGUCAUUUGAUGUCUUUCUCCUUAAAUUUCUAAUAUAGUUAUUAACAUAUAGUAAUAGAUGGCUGUAUUACCUGUAGUCCUGCAUUAUCAGGGGUUUUCCAGAAGUAGUAUCAAUAUUUUAAAAAACCUGUUGGAGGAUUUCAAUUUCAUCUCAUUGUGCACAUGGAAGUAUGUUUUUAUAUUCUUACCAUUCUCAUUAAAUUUGCUUAAAAACAGGAUGUAUCGCCUUUCUAUCAGUAUCUCGACUGGUGGAUUGCUACCUCUGUAUUAUGUUAUGUAUCAUAAGACAAGAUUCUUACCAGAGCAGGCCACUAAAGUUUCACCAAAGCAAAGUUUAUCAAAGUUUAAAGUAUAUUCUGUGAGUGGCAUCCGUGAAUAUAUCACCAUUUUAUUUCCACUGACUGUUCAAUUUUAUCCUCGUUAGCUUGUUGUUAAAAACUUGGGUUUCGACACACGAGUGACAAUCCUGGGACAUGUACAGAGAGGAGGAACCCCCUCGGCUUUUGACCGCAUCCUGGUAAGUCCAACACUUAUUUUCAUGUUAAAUUUAUCAUUUGAGUUAUUAUCAAGUCAUGCUAAGUCACCGCUCUUAUACAGUUCACUUGGAAACAGUUACACAAUGAGCUGCUGACUGUGGCUGAAUUUCCUAAUAUCAGUUCUUUAUGCUUCACCUCUGUGAAGGCAUUGAUCUCUGUUUUUAGAUGCUUUUUCAGAUGUUUGAUCAAUAUGUAAAACAGUUAGUUGCUGAUCUUGUCAAAAAGGUUGAACUCUGAUGUUUGAUUUGUGAUCUUUUCAGUAGGGGGCUAAAUCCAUUCCCUUUGACUCUAUCUGACUUUUGAUUCUCUGUAAUAUUUUUGUCUACUGACUUUUAACUUGUGCUGUAUUUGAGGUGUUUUUUUUAUCCAGACUUGUUCAGUGGUCUAGAGCGCUUCCUAUUUAAUCCUGUGUGCGUGUGUGCGUGCUUGCGUGCGUGCGUGCGUGUGUGUGUGUAGAGAGAUAGUCUCAGGUUUUAGGUUAAGAACAUUAACAGAUUUGUGGCUCAGCUUUUGGCGCGCUGUAACACAGACAAGUGUUUGACAAAUCUCUUCCUGUUUGCUGCAAACCAGCUAAAACAGAGGCAGAAAGAAAAGAUGAAGUCAAGAAUUUAUGCUGUGUCUACAGUAUAAAAGAAAACUGACCGAAAAAGUUCUUCCUUUAUUGCAAGAAAUAAAGAAAUAAUUAGAAAAGAUAGCUUGAAGCUUUGGUCGGAAGGUAUAAGCUGGUAAUGAGGUGGACUGAAACUAAUGCUGUUGACUGUGCCUGGGCUAGAAAAGCAAACAUGACUGCCAGCAGAGGUCCUUUUGGUUUUUUUAUAAGCCUGUCCACCCUGCUGGGGAAAGGGGUUAGAGGAGGUGAGAAACUUGUGUUUCAUCAAUAUGUACAGAAUUAGAUCAACUUAAAAAAAAACAAGAAAAAAUGUGCUUAAAUCCACUGACUGUCCUCUCAGGAUGGCCUCGACUGCAGCACACAAGUUCCGCUUCAGUAGAAAAGUGUCACUGUAGUAAUUUAUUGGGUCAAGAAUGCCAUGCAAUGGUCAGAUUACAUUAUGAGAGUGCCCUCUGCUGGAUAAAACUGCCUCAACUGGACUGAUGCAUUAAAAUGCCAUGUAUUUUAAAUUCAAGUCGCUCAUUGUGGGUCAAAUAUGAACUUUUUACCCCAAGUUGGAUGACACACUCAAAAUCACAGCCGCCGUCAGGGUGGUGUCUAAGUAUGUUUUUUAAAUAAACCAGCUGGCUGAAGGUGUUGUGGAAGGUCUCUGUGCUAACUCUUUUUUUCUUAAGGGGAGCAAUGAACAACACCCGGCACUAAUGACAUGGACAAAAAGGAACUUUUUGAUAUACCAUCUUCGGGUACAGAGCUGAUAGACUGAUAGAAAGUCAAUGCAGAAAGAUUUCUUUGAUGCUUCUAUCAUUGUCUUCUUCACAUCAGUGUAAAUCUAUUGGGCAGAAGAAGUCCUCAUUUGUUUUAAUGAUCAAGCAUGGAAGAUAGUGGAGUGUGGAAAUUUUACAGGUCACUGAGAUAGAGCAGCAAUAUAGCGUUUGUAAGACCUUUUUAAGAGAGACUUUGAAAGAGGGACUAUCAACUAUUUAAACAUCUGGUGUCAUUAAAAACAGGUAAUGCAAAAACAGCUACAUAAACUAGAUUAAUGUUUUAAACAUUGAUAUGUCUGCUCUGGUUUUCACAUUAGCUGCAUCUUCACAAACUUAAACCUAACUGUCUCAUUACCAGUUAAAUUGUGUAUCGUAUGCUCAUAUAGCUGUCUUAAAAUGAGGCUGAAGACCAUAAAAGUCACCAAGACAAACAGCACAUUAAGCAUGAAAAAAAAGAAUUUCAAAGUACAGGAUAACAUGACUUACAGUGGCAUGUAAAAAGCAGUCUUUGUUCUGUAAUUGUAGAAACAAAAAACUUAUUUUCAGUGUUGUAGGAUGAUUUAAAAAUAAGAAUCAUACAUUUUCUGUGUUUUUUUCCUCACAGGCCAGUCGUAUGGGUGUGGAGGCCGUCCUUGCUCUUCUUGAGACCACAGCAAACACACCAGCCUGCGUGGUCUCCCUGUGCGGUAACCAGUCUGUGCGGCUGCCUCUGAUGGAGUGUGUACAGAUGGUAGGCACUGGAUCAGGCUGGAAACAAGCUGAUACUAGCACACUUUCAACACACAAACAUUUAUUUAUAAAAGUAUGGGAGCUGAGUGGAGGAAGGAAACUACAGCAACAAACAAACACUGUGAAAUGACUCGGCUGGAAGCAGAGAGUCGAUUGGGACGGCUGGAGGAGCUUAAGUAAUGAUGACAAACAGCACAGCCCAUUGGGCCUGGAGAGCUCUAAUGUUCACAAGAGAGCUGUAUUGUUUGGGAGGCAGUUGUGUUUGGCUAAUGAUUAUUUGAGGUAUUUGGCAGCACCGGCGAUGGCUGCCUGCAGCAUGGUGAUGUAAUAGCCACCCAUCCCCACUGAAGCACAUAGAAGCUUUAUUGUUGUACUCACAUUGUUUGGAUUAAACUCAAGGGGAAAUAUUACUACUGUUUACUGUAAUUGAAAGCUCUUUUUAAGUGGCUCAAUGUGAGGAUGCCUAUCCAUAGUCAAUGCUUAAAGAAUAGAAGGUUCACACUGAUAAUCAGUUUUACGAGUUUUACUGGUUUCAGAUCUGGGUCACAUCUUCAUCAUGCCACAAGAGUAACCAGGACAUGUAUGAUGUGGAUAAUUUCCGAGAUGCUCCAGCCUUACUGCCACCCCGACCCCUAAGAUCAGCUGAUCAGCUGUUAUUGACAGUCCCCAAUACAAGGCUGAAGCUCAGGGGUGACAGAGCGUUUGCCGCAGCUGCUCCCAAGCUCUGGAACGAGUUGCCCUUGACAAUUAGACAGGCCUCCUCGUUUCCUGUUUUUAAAUCCCUUAUAAAAACACACUUUUAUUCCUUGGCUUUUAAUACAUUUUAGUGUUAUUUUGUUUGUUUUCAUCUUAGCACUUGCCGUGAGCCUGCUUAUUUAUAUAUUCAUCUAUUUAUUGCAUUUAUGUAUUUUGGCUCACUCUAUCUUGUUCUUUGAUUGUUUUAUUUGUUUUUAUUUCACAAUGUACAGCACUUUGGCUACCCCCCAUGGUUCUUUUAAAUGUGCUGUAGAAAUAAAGUUGAUUGAUCAGGUAUUUGAAGCCAUUCACUCAGUUAGACAUUCUGCUGACCUCAUACAGAUGGUAGAAAGUCUCCAUAUAGGAUAACAACAUGGCAUAUUUUUAGAGCUUGAGUGAUGGUAAACAGGUGAAGAAGGUUUUUGUUUAGGAUGGUUAUCGGAGGCCUGUGGCACCACCAGGCAAGCACCAAAAUAUCUGAAGUAUUCCACUUACACAGCUCAGCCACCCUGAAUGGUGACAUGAAUGGUUACAAUAUUAUACUUACACUCAAGUUUGACAGACACUUUUAUAGCAGGUCAAAAUAAGGUUAAAGUAAUAAAUGUUUGAACUGGAAUAGAUGGUAAUAUGCUUGGUCCUGUGUAUUUCCUUCUCAGCCUAAAAUGUACUCUUGAAAGAUCAAAGUUGGUCUAAUUGCUGGUUUAUAUUGUUACUGUUAUAAAUAAUGACGCCUCCCCUUUAAUAGUUGAAUCAUUCCUAUUUUUAUUUCUGGCUCAGGAAAACAAAAUCUGAGGGCAUCCUUUUACCACUGCAACAAAUAUAGAGGCUAAAACCAGUAACUACCUCUCCUAGCAUCCAUUUUCAAGCACCCUGCUGGUCACUUGUGUGAUACAACCAUUAAGAAAAAAACUCCCUCACAGUUUGACACUACUAUGUAACCCCUUGUGGGGGCGCUCAUUAAACUAGUAAGGAUGACGUAAACAGAUGUCAAAGAUGGACAAAGAAGAUAGAGGAGGAAGUGGCAAUGAUUGCAGUGAUUUUAUUUACUCAUCAACAUUUGUCUGUAUCUCUUUGUUUAGUUUUCCGAUGCACACGUAGAAUUAUUUCUGCAUUAAUUGGAUUGCAAAGUCCCAGUUUUAACUUGUUAUACAUUUGUACCCUUGUUUUCAAACUGAUAUGAAUAGUUAAAAUGUUCUUUCUUCACCCCAGACUCAAGAGGUCCAGAAAGCCAUGGAUGAGAAACGGUUUGAGGAGGCUGUGAAGCUUCGGGGCAGGUAUGACUGACUCGUCACUGGGACCAGUCUGGUAAACCAACAGUACCAACCAACAUUGCAAAGUGGCAAAAUGACAUCUAGGCCACAGCUAAUGUAUUUACUCAAAGAGCAUGGGUAAUAAUCAGAUGGUAAUGAUAAUUAUGCAGAAAAUUUAAAGGACUCAGUUUUUAUCUUUAAAUUGUAAAUAAGAUUUGAGUAGCAGUGGAAGCACACCUUAUUGUUGAGCUAACAAUGUUCCAUGUCCCACUUUCCAUUGCAGGAGUUUUGAAAACAACCUGAAGACGUACAAACUGCUGGCUCAUCGUAAACCUGAGUCUGAACUGCCGACUGUGAGUCACUACACAUUGUUUUUGUAUUUCUGUUGGCUCUCCUGACAGGCAGAGAGCUUGGUUUUGCAGUAGCAGUCCCCUCCACACCUGGAGUCCAGACUAUUUCGAGCAGGUUGAAAUGAUCUCUCAAAGCCACAGAGAUGUUUAAUUUUUAUCAAAGUGUUCAAAGGAUCUACCUACAAGUAAUGACUCAGCUUUAGCAAGUAGUCAUGCUGUUCACUAAUUCAGUUCCUUUAAAUGUGUAGUUUAGUUACUGGUGUAAGUAACUGUUGGCUAAAUGUUGUGUCUGUGCUUCCCUGCUGAAGGCUGUAUGAUUACUGUAUUUUCUGCCAGGUGAAAUGUCACCUGGUCAAAUUAUGUGGUUUUAUAGUAUUGACUUAUUAUAAAUCAUUUGCAGUUUUACAGAGAAGACUCUGAUGGAGACAGACCUUUGUGUUGAAGAGGAUCCCUGGAAAAAUAAUUUGAUUGCUUCCUUCAAGGGCUCUAAAAUCAGGUUUUACCUUUUAUGACACGAGAGUUGCAGAAAUACAGCUGCCUCAAUCACUUACUGAGUUACAAAAAAAUGUUUUAGAAAUAUAGAGUCACCCGGUUACAAAAAAUGAACUUUACUGAUAAAUGCCUGCACAAAAACUACAGACACUGUGCAAUGAAACUGCUGAAACUCAAAGCAGAGUUAGCAGUAACCACACUGAGUCAUAUCUACACUUUUUAGCUUGUUUUUAUGGCAAAGUCUGCAAAACACUAAUGCAAACCGGUAUUUUAGGGGAUGUCAGCACAUGUACUGCAUCAAAUGUAUUCCUUUCACUGACACUCUGCAGGAAGAUAGAUUUAGUAGCAGUACAUUGAUAUUUACACUCUGAUGGUAUGUUUUCCAUCAAUCCGCAGAUCAUAUGUAGUCAGAAUCACGGGGGUUGGUCUAAAUGGAUCGCAGAUUAGCUGCAAUCUGUAACAGCCCGACCAGUAUUGAUAUUUACCGGCUCAUGAUAAACAGUCUCUACUUGCUUGCUGUUACCUUGUAUUUGCUUUACAGCCUGUAAUUACAGUGAAAGGCUCAUAUGAGGCUUGGUGUGUUCGACUCGGCUGUGUAGUAAUAUCAGAUGGCACCUGACUCCCUGCUGAGGGAUGACUUGUUCAACCUUGCCGGGAGCUGUGGCUGCCUGCUGCUGUGGCUGGGCAGACCUGAAGACUGGUGAAGUGUAGAGGCAGCUCAGCAAGCAGACCCCAUGCUGUGGAGCUAGCUGCAGGGUUCCGCUCUCCCUACAUCUGUGAUAAUGGCCACUGUAGGCCCAGCAGGGAGCUGAGAGCACACCAGAAUAUAUUUAUUGAUUUACUCUGCAAAGCUUGAUCAACUGUCCUCCAACAACUGCAGUACACUUUUGUAUUAUUAAACAUAUGCAAUGUUAUUUCAUGUGUGUUUUUUGCUCUCAGAGCAACUUCAACAUUGCUAUCUUGAACGUCGGAGCCCCUUCAGCUGGGAUGAAUGCUGCUGUUCGAUCAGCCGUCAGGGUGGGAAUCUCUGAGGGGCACAAGAUGUUUGCUGUCAGUGAUGGCUUCGAAGGAUUCUACAAGGGACAGGUAGGUACUAUACCAACACACAGGUACAUUUACUGAAAUCUAUGCUGUUCUAAAUCUCCUUCCCCACCAGCAAUCAUCCAGUCACAGCCUUAUUCACUAUGACUCAGCAGAGCAGGCUAGUCAAGCCUUAUAAUUAGCCACAUGGUGAAGGUGCAUAUCUGUGUCUGAUCACUGACAUCGAAAGUUUAUAUGGAUGUUCAUUACAAAACUCAAUGUUAAAAAAAUAAUUGGUGUAUUGGAAGGAGGAAAAAGGAUUACUUUUUUGAGCCUGUAUCUGAAAUCUGGAGCUGUUAUCUUGAAACAUGGUUUAUUCUGUUCUAUUAGUAGUUUUGCCAUCCCUCUAUUUUAUAUUUGAAAUGAAGACGGAUUCAUCCACUUCUGUGUUGUGAGCACUAAAGAACAAGGUAGAGUUCUUUUCUUACAUUUUUUAAUCACUGACAGAUGAUAAUGAAGUCAACUCUGGAUUACCUGGUUUCUCUUCUCAACUCAAACAAAGUUGCCACAGUACAGCGUUUGACCAAAAGAGUGCAGCAGAGUAGGCUGAACAUAGAGAAAAGCCUUGAGCCAUUAAGUCUAUAUAGAGUUUCAUGUGAACCUGCUGUGGAUGGAGUUUUCAUUUUCAGGGAAAAGUAAAGGCAGACAAUAGAUAUGAGAUGUGAGUAUUAGGGAUACCUGUACAAAGUAAUACGAGCCAGUUCCCUCCCCUGUAACAGACUGGUUAAACUGGUUUCUUCUCUCUUAUCCUCUCCUGACUUUUUCCCACUGGAGCGUUUCAAAUCCUCUCAGUGAAAGAAAAGCACUUAACAAAAGACCAGACCAUUUGUCUUCAUCAAAAUGUCUCCAACACCAGUGGUUAGUUAAACACCCUGUGUGCCCCAGCAGGCUGAAAUCAGACUGAGCCAACUGACCCCAAGCAGAUUAGAGCAGCAGGAGUAAUGGAUUUCUAUACUGCAAUGCUCUGGGACUCUCUGGGACUCACCUCUGGGUUUUCUGUGGUCCAGUUCAUUUGUUAGACGUAAGAGAGUGUGUCCAGAAAAUGUACUCUGCUGCUAACAAGGUCAGACUCAAGGGGGGCGUGUCCAAGGCUGAAUGUUGGCCAGUGCUGGAGGUUGUUUGUGUGAUCCAAAUGUACAAAAGAUAUUUGAAAUAAGAGAGAUAAUUUUAGAGAAUUGAAGUCACUUUGAAUAAAUACAUGUUAACAAAGAAUAGGAAUUCGAAUAAACAGAAAGGAUUACACGUGUCGCUUUUGUCUCCCUGUCAGAUUAAAGAGAUUAAAUGGGCUGAUGUUGGAGGAUGGACAGGACAAGGUGGAUCUCUGUUGGGAACUAAAAGGUAAAAGCUGAAUCUCAGUAUGAAACAGUUCCUUCUUAGACUGUUGAGAGCCCGUUCACAUCACAGACAAUUCCAGACGGUGAGAUGAUAAGUGAAAGGUUUACGCAGUGGGCAAAGAUCUCUAACCCGCAGUUGUACCAUAAAUGCAAAAAUAUGAUGAAAACAGUCCACGCAGUCCAUGUAUGUCUUGUAGUUUUUUGUUUUAUUAACCUCUUUCUUCUCCCUCUUUCAGAACGCUUCCCGCGAAGCAUGUUGACAAAAUUGCAGAGCAGAUGAGAAAGCACAACAUUAAUGCGCUGCUAGUUAUCGGUGGAUUUGAGGUACGUUUUCAUCUUUUCCUUUUAGCUCAUUUUGCAAUUGUGGCAACAUAUUCAUUUUUCAGUUUGAUGAUCUUACUGGCUGUUAUUUCUAAAAGUAAAGUAUUGCUCACACUAUAACUCAGUAUAAAAAAUGUGAAAUUUUUGCUUAAACAUUUUAAAACUUUCAGAGCUGUUAUAGAAACACUAAUGUCUUUGUGUGCUGUACAGUUUAUAAUAGUGAACACUGUGAUUGGCUCCUUUCCACCAUUUUUACCCUGUUUUUUUGUCUGCAAACCAUCAUAUGGCUCUAUCUCAGAGGCACUGAGGGGCAAGUGAGGCUCAAAAAUAUUUUUUAAAAGCCUGAUGUUAUUGAAUUGUUUCUUAAUUUCAUCUCACUUUUUGGACGAUUUAAAUAAACGAACUUGAAAACUUGAAACAUUAAAUUCUUAAUUUUAUUUUUCCUUUGUUUUUUUCAAAGUAGUUGCUCAACACGGGAAAUAAACAAACUUAAAAAGUGAUCCUGCCAUUUAUUUUAAUCCUAACAAUGAGAAGUCAUUGUAAAAGUGUUGUAAGCUGUUAAAAAAUCUGUUGUAAAUGUCACAAACAAACCUUGAAGGAUUAAUUGCAACAUCUUUGUCAAAGCUGUUUUAAAUUUCUCCUUCCUGUUUAUAAGGUUAAAGAUUUCCAGAACUUUGUUAAAAAGAAAAUAAUUCACACUUUCUUUUUCAAAAAAGAAGAUAGAAAAACAGUCAGGGAUUUCUUUUGUUCCUCACUCCCCCUUCAGAGCGUCUGUGUGUCAUUCUCAUGCUUCAGUCAUCUCUCGAGAACAACAUGAAUUGUGAAAUAACUUUCCACACAGUUGGUUCUCAGUCAUUGUUCUAAAGCUUUUGACAUUUUGAUUAUUGCAAUAAAAAGUUAAGUUCCACUGAUGAAUAAUGUGAUGACUAUGUUUAAGUAGGAAACAGAGCACCUGCUUUUUUCCAGCCAUUUCACGUAAUCCUGUUUAGAUGCUCACCAGCUUUAUUUUGCUGUGAUGAAUGCAAGUAAAUAAGUGUAUAAUUGUGUGUGUGUGAGUGUGUGCGUGAGGUCUUUAUUGUGUAUUGUGGAGUGGUACCUGUCUGUUUCGCUGCUGUCCGUUGUGAUAGACCUGGCUCCUCCCCUUGGCACCCUUCACUUUUGUCUCUUCCCUCCUUUUGUGGCAAGUAGCACCUCUCAACCAAACCAAGCAUCCAAAAGCUCCACCCUCACAGACACUAAAGCCCUUGGCUCUGCCCUGCAGGCCUUCCUGUCACUGCUGGAAUUGUUAACGGCGCGCGGGAAAUAUGACGAGUUCUGUGUGCCCAUGGUCAUGGUCCCAGCCACUGUCUCCAACAAUGUGCCGGGCUCAGACCUCAGCAUUGGCGCUGACACGGCUCUGAACGCCAUCACUACUGUAAGUGAUGGGACUGGCAACCAGAGUAGAUGAUCUUAGCAACACACAGAUGAAUAUGAAGACAGACAAACACUCAAACAUGCUUGAGCUUGCAUAACCAGCCAGCCAAUCAUGUUUCCAGAAGGGAGAAAUGGCUCACUCGCUCAUUUCACCAGUCUGUCAAGGACAAUUUUGGAGUAAGUCUUUGGAUUGAGCUUCACUUAAAAAUGAAAAAAGUAUCCAUACUUAAAGAUAAAUCUGUAAUGCUAGACUGGUAAAGAUAAAUCCUGUCGCAGAGUAGCGUCCCUCCCUUCCCUCUCAGGUAAGUGAGCGACAACAUGGAGGCAUGCUGUGAGCUGCACGAGUGCCGUGACCGCCAUGUUUGCUCUGCCUGCCCUGACUCCCUCCUUACUGUGUGUUUGUACUUGUCAACACCACUCACACUAAAACGAGUUGUUAACAGCAUGCAGGUCUGACUGUGUCCAGUUGGUCUACACCUUCUGCUACAAAACACAGACCAAAAAUUGAAGAUAACUUGAACCUGCACUGUAUCUGCUCAGUUAUGAAUAGAGCUGCUGAUGGGUUAACUAUUCAGGUACACCAAAGAAAUACUGCACUCUGUGUCUGAAUAAUACAUUUAGCUUUUUUUUCAAAGCUUCCCAAUAACCCCAAAAAACUCAGGAUUGUCUGCCUUUGUUUGAAUGGCCCAUUUUUGGCUAUAUUUGGGGUCUGAAUGACAAAUGAAGGGAUUACUCAUGUAGAUUUCUUCAGCCAGCAGCCAAGUAACAGGAUGUCACUGCUGCAAGGUAAUCCCUGAAUACGUUUAUUCAAUAAGAGUGAUUUUAUUUGAAAUAACAGAUGCAGAUCUUUGUUGUAAGUGUCUGAAGAUGUUACAGAACGGGUCCGUGCAAAGACAGACCUUUAUUUUUCACCUAAAAGUCAUUUAGACCAAAAGAUACAUAAAAAGGGAUUCAGGUUUUAAAAAAAAAUAAAGGUACGCAAGCAACCUUGACCAAAGUUAUCUACAAGAAAAGCAUCUGAGCUUGAAUUUGAUUCCUCCUCCUCCUCUGUAUUCAGACUUGCUUGUUUGCCUGCAUAGACCCCUCCACAGCAUAUAUGACCCUCUGACAUGUGGUUGUCCAUGCAGCAUCAUCGCAUUUUGUUGCUGAGACAAAACACACACAACUUUGUCCCGUCUGUCUGUCUUCACCCUGUUCUGUCUCUCCCAUCACCUCUCUUCUCUGUUUACUUUUUGUGGCUCAACUCUGUUGCUCUGUCAUCCUUUCUUCCUUCUUCAUCGUCUUUUUCAUGUUUCUACUCACUCGCCCUCCCAUACUUUCUGCCAAAGGGAAGCCAUUGCUGCUAUCACACGGAAAGAGCCGGAAUGGCAGGAUGCGCUCAAACUAAUGGAGAGAGAUUCAUGUCUCUCUCUCAGUGUCCUGGCCUUCUCUGGCCCUAACGCGUUUUCAUAUACUGCCGCUUCAGGCGUUUGAGAGUCUGCUGCAGCUGUAUGAGGCUCGUGCUACCUAUGAGGAGCUUUGCAUCCCGAUGUGUAUGCUGCCUGCCACCAUAAGUAACAAUGUGCCGGGCACAGAUCUAAGUAUCGGGGCUGACACAGCCCUCAAUGCCAUCGUGGAGGUAAGGCAGCCGACUUGACCCUGACAUGACUGUUGAAGCGCUUGAAUAAGAUUCAAAUGCAAACACUCUUGAUGAAGAGUAAAUAACCCAGUGAUUAAACCCACAACUAAAGCAAAUGUGCAGGGAAUGUGGUGCAAGGUUAUUUGCUGAAAGGUGACAAUUAAUAUCAUCUUAAUCUAUAUUUAAUCCCAACUCAGAGUUUGCCCAGGUGUAGUUCAAACACUGAGUACGAGUACAAGAUUAACCCAAACACUCAACAUUUGUUGAAUAAACAAGCUGCUCCUAUAAUUGAAGAGGCAAAAAGUAGUCAUGUCUACUAUUCUGUUGAAUGAUUUUUUCUUAAUGCUCUUAAAUCUGUAGUUUAUACUCUUGUGAACUGCAGUGUAAUGUUUAACAUGUAAGAUAUGGACAAAUAGACCUUAAAGCAAUUUAAGAUUAUAAGAUUAUUAUACACAGAGCUGCCUGUGACAGACACAGCCCUGAAAACACCAAGGACUUGGCUGAUGAUUUUUUCAGCAGUUAAAUUUGGAUGAAAAUCUAACCAAAAGUAACAUCGAAUUCAAAAUCCAAGUUACACAAAGUUAAGUCUGUAACUUAAAUAGCUUUCCCUGUGCUUGAACAAUUGAACAUAGCUCACUCAGAAAAAACAAGAUAUUCAACCCAAAGUUUCAAAGUUACACUGUGUGAGACCACAUUCGAUACAUCCAUCUAUGAUGUAAAGUCAAGAAGCUUGACUUACACAAAGAUUUGAUUUUAAUGGUUUUUGUUCAGUCUGCUUUUGUAAUGUAGGUUCAACAGCAAAUCUGUGGAAUACUCCUUUGAUCCAGCUGUAGCUCCUGACACUUGAUUUACUUUUACUACCAUCACACAUGGUCUCUGUUAGCGUUAACUGGCUUUAGCUUUACUUCACUUGAUGUUUUUAUAAGGUCAUGAUGGACCCAGUAUAACUGGUAAAGUCCAUUUGAAUCUUACGUUGUUUAAAUAUGCAGGUGAACUUACGCAGAGAUUGGGCAUGCUGGUCCUUCUGCGUGGGAUGUAUUUAUCCUACACUGUUUGACCUUUACUUGUUUAGGCAUAACAGUUUCACGAGAAAUUAAUCUUAAAAAUAACAAACAAACAAAACACUGAGUCUAAAGAAAAUUACAUAGAAAUAUUAAUGAGUAAACACAGAAGCAAUGUGAGGGUGUAAAGAAUUAAAAAGACAUGUACAGAUUGAGUUAUGGUAGUUUGUUGAAUUAAAAAAGAAAAAAAUUAAAAGUUUAAAAAGAGAGAGUAUGUGACAUAAUAAACAAUUGAUAAUUAAGUUAAAAAUCCAAGAAUUUUUAUUGGUAUUUGUUCCCCUGUUGCUUUUGUUAUUAGUAUGAGGGGAAAUUCAUAAAUCGGCCAGCUUCUGGGGACUUUGUUAAUUAUUGAAGUGAAUCUAUGUGAUUAUUCGUUUUUUUUAUUUAUGCAUAGACACCCUAAAUCUAAAUCUAGCUUAGUGAAAAGUCUUUGUCAUAACACCUGGCCUGUAAUAAUCACUUGAUGUGUACUAACGCUGUGAGCUCGUAUGCAUGUGUCAGACUUGUGACCGCAUCAAGCAAUCAGCCAGCGGGACCAAGAGGCGAGUGUUCAUCAUCGAGACCAUGGGAGGUUACUGUGGAUACUUAGCCAGCGUGGGUGGCCUCGCUGCUGGAGCCGACGCCGCUUACAUUUUUGAGGAGCCAUUUGACAUCCGAGACCUGCAGGUGAGACUGAAAUCACCUUUGGGUAGCAGCAGAUUCUUCCUCUAUUGUUCCCUGUUCUUCCAGUAGAGGGCAUUCAGGCUCAUUCCCACAAUCAUCUAAUAAAAAUAAAAAUAAUAAUAAUUUUGCUAGUCAAUAACAAAUACUUGCUGUUUAAUCCCGCAGGCCAAUGUCGAACACUUGACAGAGAAAAUGAAGACCAGCAUUCAAAGAGGACUGGUUCUCAGGUAACAUAAUGAAUUGAGUACACAGAUUUAUUUUUAAAGGGGGAAUGACUAACAGGUACAGAAAGCAUCUGCAUAGCUUACUUUUCUGCAAUGUAUAUAUCAGACACCAAAUUAAUUAUAAAUAAUUCAUCAAAGCUGAUGGAUCAGCAGCUCCUGUGCUCCAGUGAGAGUUUCUGGUUUGUCGCUUUUAAAUGACGUUAGUGUUUGUUUUAGAGUGAUAUUUAUGCAUAAAACUAGUAACUGAUGCAGCAGAUUCUGUUGACUGGCAUCAGAAAUUACUGUAAUGGAGUCUCGUGGCUUUUGAUGGUUAAAACAAGCAUCUUCCUCAUAAAUAAAAAUGGCCUGCGGAGAUCCUUUCUGAAAUGUUAUCGAACACUUAAAACAACAGUCUGGGCCUGAAAGAGUCAAAAACCAGAUCGUCUUAUGGUUCUGCUAUAAAGGCUGAAGGAUCACAUCAUGAUGAUGAUCAGUUUGUACAAAGUACCCCUGAGAUUCUGAGCGUGUUUGUGUUUGUAAUGCACCUGUGACAAGAUUAGAGGGCACAAGAUCAAGUCUUCAUUUUCAGAGACUAUUCAAGUCUUCUUUGUGUCGUGUAAUAUUGCAAUUGCAGGCGAAUCUGGUCUUUUUGAAUGGAAGUGACAAUGCCGGACCAAUCUGACGUCUGCACACCUCCAUGACAAACCCCAAACUACAGCUGCUCAAGACUCCCCUUCCACAGACCGAUAGACACAGAUCAACACCCACUGGCACACAAACUGCACAGCAGUCUAAAAUGCACAAAAUAUGAUCAAGGUGGUGACACAGUCAGUCAUUUAAAUGCCUAAAUGAGUAGGGCCCUUGCUACAGAGAGAUCUGCACUUUCCUUUGCUUGUAUUUUGUAGUGCGCAGGUGAUCUGGUAUUUCCAGCCCUCGGUAUCAGAAGUUAAGAUACUUAUACAAUAAACAACCAACGCUGAUGUCAUGGAUUUAACAGCUGGUAUUUAGCAGCAGUUUUGUGUCACACUACAGGAAAUGAGUGUUUCUAUAACUCUGAAGGACAAAUAAAUCAAUAAAGACUCAGAAGUAUAACAUUAAUCUUUUUGUGUUUUGUGUGUUUAGGAAUGAAAACUCUAAUGAAAACUACACCACAGACUUUAUCUACCAACUGUACUCUGAGGAGGGGAAAGGAGUCUUUGACUCCAGGAAGAAUGUGCUGGGACACAUGCAGCAGGUAUUUACAGUUUUUUCUGACUGAGAUUAGGGGUUUCCCUGAUGCAGCAUCGUCAAGAAGAACAAUUUGUCCAAACUGAGAAGGGUUUAAUAAACUGUUUUCUAUAUUUGUAUCAUAAAUAUGCAUAAACCCUUUAUUACAUGAGGGGCCUUUGUUGUUUUUCCUCUCUGUGUAUCUUGAGAUUAUCGCAGAUAAAACUGGAUCAAACAAAUCUUUGAAGAUCCCAGAGGGGAAAUUGUGCCGUGUCUGCAGCAAGUAAUGGGAACAAAAAAGCAUUUAACAAAAGUUUUGUGAUUUAUGGAUUAGUAAAGUUGGUACAAGUGCUGUAAAAGCUUCAAGAAACACAUGGUUUUAAAAAUGAAUGAGGUGAAGAUGGCUGGUUGUCCCUGUGGCUUUUGUUUAAAUCUUGAGUAUUGUCAUCUUUGUGUUUCCGUUUCUUUUACUGCGGUGUAACAUAUCUGAAAGGAAAAGGGCUUCUCCAACAGACUGAGGGGUAAUUCACAAAAGAAUUGUAGCGGCAAAACCUGAAGAGAUGUAAAAAAAAUUAAAUGUUGAAUUUUAAAGCCGCUGCUGAGCCUGACUGCAUUGAAACUACUCUGUGUAUUGAGUGGUGUUUUCACUGUUAGCCAAAGUGCUGAGAAAUAAAUCAGCUUGUUCUGUGACCCCAAAAACCAAAGAAAAAAAAAAAAACAUUUCAACAACAUCAUCACUAAAUCAGCCUAAAUCAGUUUGGAGGCAUAAAUCAAAAUGGAGAUGGGAGAGUUUUUUAUGUCUAGCUGAGCUGCUCUAGCCUGCUAAUAUAGUGAAGGAAACUUAGUUAUAUAAAUUGGUAUCAAAUCUAAUGCGUCAGUCAGAGCUGUCCCACCCCUCCUAGCUCAUCACCAACCUCUUUUUCUUCAGUUUUUUAUUCAUUAUUUAUUUUAUUUAAAAAUGAGUUAACCAGAUUGAGAUGAAAAUGUCUUUUACAACCCAAAAUCUCUGUUUGUGCUGAAAAGUUAUCAGAGUGCCCUCCUUUUUCAUUUUAACUUGUUUAUGGUGCUACAACUAAAAAAUGCAGCUUCAACUUUGAUGCAAAAAUGUAGAAAAAAUAAAAAAAAAAACACUUCCUAAAGAAUAUGAGCCAAGUCUCAAUGCAGGCCAUGACAGCAUAAUUUUGUGGACCACAAAAAAAUUAAAACAUGUAGUUGCAAAUAACUGGUCAUCAUAAAACUUAGUGAGUGACUUGAUUAGUGGGCCUCUCUAGAGUGGUGUGACCCUCAUUUUUGGUCUUCAUGGAGCCUCUUUAGACACCAUUGGGUGUUGUCAUUGAGACUGCACCAUGUGAGGGUCUCUCUGGUCUGGUUUUGUGUUUUAAAAUGAUAUAUUUUGGUUGUUAUUAAAGGGAGGAGCACCGUCUCCGUUCGACCGUAACUUUGGGACUAAGAUCUCUGCCAAAGCGAUGCAGUGGGUGACCAAGAAGUUGACAGAGACCUUCAGACAGGGUAAGUUUGAUGAAACCAACUUUAAUGGAACAGCCUGUGGUGGUGUAUCCUCCUUGCAGAGGUGUUACUGUAGAGAGGACCUCUCCCCUGAUCUGUCAUGGAGUCACUCUGUCUCUGAUAGAGGGAAUUAUUCAGUAGUUAUUCCCAUGAAAGAGUCAAUCAUUUACUGAGAAAUUGACCGUAAUGUACUUGACAGAUUAGACUAACAGCUGUGUGAAACUUCUGUCUUGAAACACACUGCAUGUGUAUAAAAACUACAAUCAACGUUAAAACUCCUCUUUGUUUUUGUGUCUAUUUCCCAAACACAUGGAUGACAUAAGAUGAAGGUAAAUCCACUUUUUUCCACGCUGGCUCCAUGACCAUCUGAAUCUUUUAUUUAGCUCCAUGUCCCUGUCUGUCUUUGCCUCUUUUUUAAACUUCUUACACUCUCUGUUCUUUCUGUUCAGGCACUUUUUGGGUAAAGCCAUCACACCUCCAUUUUUACUCAGUUUUCAGCGGCUGCCAUGCUUCAAUAGUUCUAGUUCACAGGUUUCGUAAAACUGUUGGACUGGAGAUAUUUGAGCAUCAGCUGAAAGAAUAACCCACACGUUUCUGUCUCCUGCUUUGCCCCACAUUUCCGUGUGUCUAUGGCGCUCUGUGUUGCCUUUAAGUGUUCACAUCAUCAUCAUUUUUUUCCCCUUUUUUUCUACAAAGCUGGUGCACCACCCUCCUGUAGAUUUCAUUAAAAAAAUAGUUUUUUUAAUGAUCCACAAAGAGAAAGGGCAACAACGUCCUCCUCCCACUGCAAUAUGUCUAUUCUAAAUGUUUGCACACAAAAAAGGACAAAGUAAGAAAGUUUCAGUGUUUGCACCUGUAAUCGCCAUCGUGUUUCCCUGCAGGUCGCGUGUUUGCUAACACUGAAGACUCCUGCUGUCUGCUGGGGAUGCGGCGCAGGGCUCUGGUCUUCCAGCCUGUCGUACAGCUCAAGGAGCAAACUGACUUUGUGUAUGUACCACAACACCCCACAAUACAACGAUAAUUAGACUUCAUCUCCAGAGUGUUUCAGAAAAAAAACAGGUGUCUGCUACCUCUGAUCAUCAAAAGUAAACAAUUGUAAAAGUCACAUGAGGUCAGGAAGCACUAAGCCUUGUGACUCUGAUUUAUCACACAUACCAGUUCAACGUUACUCAUUACAGCCUGUGUCCCAAUAGAUGUCAAAAUGAAGUAAAUAUGCCCACAGUUAAACUCUUUAGGACUUUUUAGGACAUGAGGACACAACGUGAUAUCAUUAUGACGUCAAUGUCAAGACUUCCCCUGCUUUCUGACUUACUCCUGACUGCUAAACUUUACCAGAGGAGCUCCACACAAACACAUCAGGGUGAGUGACCAUGAUCAGACCUGAACACAGACAGGAAAAUUUAGUCUAAAGAAAGAACUCAUCUGAACACUGAAAAUCUCAUUUUACUCUGUAGGUCAUACAGAGGCAUCAGGAUGAGGAUGAGACCGUUUCAGAGUCAGUCAAAACUUCUCACAGUAAUCUUGAGCUGAUGGUUUGAGGAGACCUUGAGAAAGGAAAAUUGAGUUUUACUUAAACUGAUUUCUUUUUACCCCAGGCAGAAAUGUCCCCCAAAAGCUUUUCGAAAUUGUCUUGAUGGGAAUGACUUUUCAAGUCCCUCACCUAAUUUACACAUUUACAGGUAUUUUUUGGGAAUGUAGUGAAUAGAGUUCAGAGUCACUGCAAAAUGAGGUCUUUAAUAAGGGCUUUCAAAGAGGAGUCAGACGCUGACCUCAGCCUGUACAUGGUAAAUCUUGUUUAUAUUGAACAGGCGUCAAACUUGCAGCCUGUGUCUCCUCAGAGCUUCCCUUCACUUCAUGUUUACAGGCAAAACUAGCAAAACUUGAACACUUUUACUCACACACUUUAUGGAGAUGAUCAGUUGUCAUGAGCACAGUGUUUGUCGAUGGACAGACUGAUUACACAUUAUUACCACCCACUGGAGCACCCUUAUCCACCUCUGCGCUGUGGUGUGGACAAGAUAUGUGUUGCAGAUUUUAGGAGAACCUGUCCCACCGUAGGACUCUGCUAAAAUCAGCAUCACAACAUCCAGAAACAAACACACAGCAGGGAGAACUUUGUGGCCAUGAAAGUUGAAGAAACAGACUCCAUACUGUUUAAAUUAAUAAUUUCAAGCCUUAUCAGCCUGCCGUCAGGAUGCUGUGCAAAUAAAAUUAGUCAGUAUGCAACCACUGAGUCUACAAAAGAUGAAAAACAUCCUUCAUUUAUGUGGUCUUUUUAUUCUUCUUUUUAAAUUGAUUCCACUCUAAGAAUGGAGUCUGCUAAUCUUUUUCCACACUAUGUAGCAAGAUUUGUUAUAUGCUGUCAUAACUAGUAAUAUUCACGUUUCUAAUAUGGGAAACCUUCAAAAAUGUGCAGAAAGAACAAAACAACUUUGUAGGUUGAUAGAAGAUUUGCAUCCUCACUUGAUAUCUUUGCUUUGUGAACUUUUGCAGGUAUUUAGUUGGGUGUAAAUAAAAUAUAAAUAUAAAAAUUGCACAUUUGUAGGGUUAUAAACUGGGGUUGUAACUUAAGAUCCUCAGAUUUUAGUAGCUUUGUGCUAAUAGUUUUAGAGACAUUUCCUGUGCAUUAAACAAAGUCUGAACCUCAGCUCUGAGACCCUCUCGUCUCUCUGCAGUCACAGGAUCCCCAUGGAGCAAUGGUGGCUAAAGCUGCGUCCCCUGAUGAAGAUUCUUGCCAAGUACAAGACCAGCUACGACGUCUCAGACUCUGGGCAACUGGAGCAUGUCAUACGCAACCGGCCCAAAGAGUCGGAUGUUUCUGUAGCCAUGUGAAGGCCGCCUCAUACGGUGGCCUGUUAGGUCCAGUCUGUGUACGACUGCAGGUCUGUGAGGUACCGAUCUUAGCUCCAGUAACAACUACACAGUCUGCAUUCAUGUCCUGUUUGUGUGUUUUUUCCUUUCUGUUUGUCUGGACAGAUUCAUGACCUGUUUUCUUGCCUCUGCAGUGUUUCUGAUAUCAAACACACACUCAUAAUCUCACCCACUCUCUCUCUCUCUCUCUCUCUCUCUCUGUCUGUGUGUCUUUGUCCCUGGAUGUUUUAGUGUCACUGUUGUUUUAAACUUGCACUUUCCUCUGACUCCGGUUGCUUAGGCGGUCUCUGAGCGCAGAGCUGCACCAGGACAGAAUAGACACUGCAUCUGCUGUACAACCAGUGUGUGUUUCUGCCUAGAACAAGUGUGAGGUUUAGUAUAUUUAUGUGAGACUGAUGCAAUACAGUUCUACUGCUGCGCUUUACACCCAAACUAAUAUUUAUCUUUUUAACUUUGUUUUAUUUUGCUUGUAAACAUGGAUCUUUUAUUAACUGUAGGCACUGCUGUAUCGAGUAGCUGUCUGUCAUAUUGCACCAACAAGUUAGACAUGUAAGAGACUAAUGUUUCCCACUGAAUAAAAACAGACUUGUUAAGUGUACCCCACUGAGAAGUGUCACUGGAUUCAUUAAACCUUUACUUGUCCAA